AUGGCGGAGCUGCGCGUACCCCCCGGCCCGGCCGCGGCCGCCGUGGCGGCGGCUCUGCCCGGGCCCAUGGCCCUGCCCGCGGCCCCCAGCGCCGCCCCGGCCCUCCCCGCGCCCCCGGCGGCGGCGGGAGGCGGUGGCAGCGGCGGGGCCGGCGCGGGCGGGGCGGGCGGCGCCGGUUCGGCCCGCGAGGGGUGGCUGUUCAAGUGGACCAACUACAUCAAGGGCUACCAGCGGCGCUGGUUCGUGCUCAGCAACGGGCUCCUCAGCUACUACCGCUCCAAGGCAGAGAUGAGGCACACUUGCCGCGGCACCAUCAACCUGGCGACGGCCAACAUCACGGUGGAGGAUUCUUGCAACUUCAUCAUCUCCAACGGCGGCGCCCAGACCUAUCACCUGAAGGCCAGCUCAGAGGUGGAGCGGCAACGCUGGGUCACUGCACUAGAGCUGGCCAAAGCCAAAGCCGUCAAGAUGUUGGAGGAGUCAGAUGACUCCGGUGACGAAUCGGUGUCGCAGACGGACAAGACGGAGCUGCAGAGCACGCUGCGCACCCUGUCCAGCAAGGUGGAGGAUCUGAGCACCUGCAACGACCUGAUCGCCAAGCACGGCACAGCCCUGCAGCGCUCCCUCAGUGAGCUGGAGACCCUCCGUCUGCCGGCCGAGAGCACCGAGAAGAUCAAGCAGGUGAACGAGCGAGCUACGCUCUUCCGCAUCACCUCCAACGCCAUGAUCAACGCCUGCCGGGAUUUUCUGGUGCUGGCACAAACUCAUAGCAAGAAGUGGCAGAAAUCGCUGCAGCACGAACGGGAUCAGCGCAUCCGGCUGGAGGAGACGUUGGAGCAGUUGGCCAAGCAGCAUAACCACCUGGAGAGGGCUUUCCGUGGUGCUACCGUCCUGCCCGCCAGCGUGUCUGGCACCGGCGGCUCUGCCAAAGAUCCAUGCUGCCCCGCAAAAGGAGACCUGAGUGACGAAGACGAUGACAACGAGUUCUUUGAUGCGCCGGAGAUCAUCACCAUGCCGCUGGAGAGCAUGGGCCACAAGCGCACUGGCAGCAACAUCAGUGGCACCAGCAGCGACAUCAGCCUGGAUGAGCAGUACAAACACCAAGUAGAGGACACCAAGAAGGAGAAGAGAACGCGCAUUCCCUACAAACCCAACUACAGCCUCAACCUCUGGAGCAUCAUGAAGAACUGCAUCGGGAAGGAGUUAUCCAAGAUCCCCAUGCCGGUGAACUUCAACGAGCCCCUGUCCAUGCUGCAGCGCCUGACGGAGGACCUGGAAUACCACGAGCUGCUCGACCGAGCGGCCAAGUGCGAGAGUUCCUUGGAGCAGCUCUGCUACGUGGCUGCCUUCACCGUCUCCUCCUACUCCACCACCGUCUUCCGCACUAGCAAACCCUUCAACCCCCUCCUUGGGGAAACCUUUGAGCUGGAUCGCCUGGAGGAGAAUGGCUACCGUUCCCUGUGUGAGCAGGUGAGCCACCACCCGCCAGCCGCUGCCCACCACGCAGACUCCAAGCACGGUUGGACGCUUCGCCAAGAGAUCAAAAUCACCAGCAAGUUCAGGGGCAAAUACCUCUCCAUCAUGCCUCUGGGUACCAUCCACUGCGUCUUCCACUCUUCGGGCAACCAUUACACAUGGAAAAAAGUCACCACCACCGUGCACAACAUCAUCGUGGGCAAGCUCUGGAUAGACCAGUCAGGUGAAAUCGAGAUCGUCAACCAUAAGACGGGCGACAAAUGCCUCCUCAAAUUUGUUCCCUACAGCUACUUCUCCCGGGAUGUGGCGAGGAAGGUCACUGGGGAGGUGAUGGAUCCCACAGGGAAGGUGCACUUUGUCCUGCUGGGCACUUGGGAUGAGAAGAUGGAUUGCUACAAGGUGACCCAAAGCUCUGGGGACAACGGAGCUGAGGGGCGGCAGAGAAUCCACGAGACCGAGGAGAACCGGGUGCUGCUGUGGAAGCGGAACCCACUCCCGAAGUAUGCGGAGAACAUGUACUACUUCUCGGACCUGGCGCUGACACUCAACGCUCCAGAGAGCGGCACAGCACCCACGGACAGCCGCCGGCGACCUGACCAACGCCUGAUGGAGAAUGGCCGCUGGGAUGAAGCCAAUGCUGAAAAACAACGGCUGGAGGAGAAACAACGCAUCUCCCGCAAGAGACGCGAGGCUGAGGCUGCCCGGGCCACCGAGGACGGAACACCCCACGAUCCCUACAAGCCGCUGUGGUUUGAGAGGAAGAAGGAUCUGGUCACGCAGGAGUUGACACACGUCUACAAGGGUGGUUACUGGGAAAGCAAGGAGAAACAGGACUGGUCUUUGUGCCCGGACAUUUUUUGAGCGCCAAGAGGGGGACAAAGGCGCCCGGCCGGCUGCCAGGGGAGCCGUAACGCCCGCCCGGCGCAGCUCCCAGCUGUCUGUCCGUCUGUCUUAACCGCCUGCGCUCGCCUGCCGGGGUUGCCUUAGCCCAUCCAAACUGACCUUGAUGCUGAGAGCGGGGAGGGGGAGCCAGAAUUUGGGGGGAUGUUCAUCACUGCCCUGGUUUUGGGGCGCAGUGGGGCGAGCCCAAGGCUGGCCUUGGUCUCUCCCCUCUUUUUGGUUCCCCGAGGCGUUGGGGGGGCGCACAGGGGAGGCCGGACUGUGCCCCACACUGUUCUAUAGGUGUAUAUUAUACAUAGAGGGGGGGCCCUUCUUGGGGGGGGUCUUGUCCCCCCUUUCUGGGGCACCCGGGCCCUUCUUGGGGGGCCUUGUCCCCCCUUUUUGGGCCCCCCCCUUGAGGUGCCUUCCCAGGUUUCGGAAGCAGGGGGGGUCUCUCCCAUCCAUCCCUGCACCCCAAAACACUACAGGGGCUGGGGGGAGGCUG